CCCCCUCCUCCCGCAAUAUCACCACCCUCCUGACUGGCCCUGUCACGAUGAGCAACACAUCCUAUCACUAUGUGGCCUCUCCGGAGGAUGGACGCCGGGUCCUCGAACAGAUUGAGCAACAGUUCCGCCUGAGCCAGGAUGAUCUCACGCGCAUCACUUCCAAGUUCCUCGAGGAUUUUGAACUUGGGUUGAGCGAAUAUAACCAUCCGAUGGCCAUGAUCCCGACAUUCGUGACUGGCGUGCCAGACGGGACGGAAAUUGGGACAUUCCUCGCACUGGAUCUCGGAGGGACAAACCUGCGUGUUUGCGAGGUCGAGCUUCUCGGAAACAAGGAAUUUGUGCUGAGGCAGCAGAAAUACAAGGUUUCAGAGCAGCUGAAAACAGGCGAGGCGAGCGUUUUGUUUGACUACUUGGCAGACUCCGUUGAUGCCUUCCUAACCGACUUCGCCUCUGCGGUGCCUUCCUCCCCGACGAACGAACAAGUCAACCCCUUCGGUUCACCUCCGCUAUCUGAGGAGCCUGCAGUUCCUCUCGGGCUAACCUUCAGUUUCCCAGUCGAGCAGACUGCCUUGAACCGAGGAAAGAUUCUGACAUGGACGAAGGGAUUCUCGGCAAAGAACGCUGUUGGUAAUGAUGUGGUCCAGCUCCUUCAAGAUGCCUUCAACCGUAAACACCUACACGUGAGAUGUGUUGCCUUGGUGAACGAUACUGUCGGAGCCUUGCUUUCUCGUGCAUAUACCAGCGGUGGCUGUAUCCUGGGCAGCAUAUUCGGCACGGGUACCAAUGGCGCUUACGUUGAGCGUGUGGACAACAUCAAGAAGCUCGGUGAAUCUGAAGCACGACAGAAGGGCGGCUUCAUGGUCAUAAACACAGAAUGGGGUGCAUUUAACAACACACGAUCAGUUCUUCCAAGCACGCCCUAUGAUAACAAACUAGAUCGCCAAUCGAUUAAUCCCCGCCUGCAAGCAUUCGAGAAAUUCAUCUCCGGCAUGUACCUGGGAGAGAUCACCCGUAAUAUCCUCCUUUCCCUCGUUGAUGCCGCUCCGAAACCCUUGCUAUUUAACGGUCGCUCGAGCGAUGUUCUCGACACUCACUAUGGCCUCGAUACGGCAGUAAUGUCCGAGGUCGAGGAGGCUUGGGAGGCAGGGCGCGUACCUGCCGUAUCGGGGAAAGACGCCGAGCAUGCGCAGAUAUCGCUCAAUGGCUCUACGACAGAGGUUCCUGACUGGCAAGCAGUCAAGUUCGUAGACGUUGACCAGCUGUCAGAAGAGGACGUUGCACGACUCGAGCGCAUCCGCGGCAUCGUCAUUCAACGCUUAUCACUGGAUCCCGAGAAUGUCUCACUACGAGAUGCUGCCAUCGUUCGGUGGGCGUCAUCGCUCGUCGCGGAUCGCGCUGCCAAGCUCAGCGGCUGCGCUGUGGCGGCGGUCCUUGUGCAGACCGGGCGUGCGAAGCUUGGUGGCGGGUUUGCGACGGAUGAGGAGAAGAUAGGUGUCGGUGUGGACGGCAGUUUGAUUCAGUUCUACCCGAACUUUCAAGCUCGCCUGCGCGAUUCGUUGCGCGAUCUCAUCGGCGAAGAGGUGGAGAAGAAGGUUGACAUCGGCCUCGCUAAGGAUGGCAGUGGUGUUGGAGCCGCGCUGUGCGCGCUCCAGGCCACCAAGCAAGGACAUUAGAAUUAUGGAACCAGCUAUAAUGGUUCCCAACACACCAGGGGGUCGUCGAGAAUCAGAAGACUUAUUCAUGUGUAUCCUAGUCAUGUAUCGUAUCCGUACUGAUUCCCAUUCCCAUCCGCGCCGUUCAGAUCAGGUCUCAUGGGAGGAAUCUUGCUGAUAAUUUGGCACGUUGUUUUGUCCUGGCUGCAAGCAAUAGUCAUAAAAUGCGUAGAUGUCGUAUGUCAUUGAGUUGUUGAAUUCGUCAUGAGUGUAUCCAUUCCUCUAUUCCGCUUUCGCCUUGUUAUGACCAUGCCGGUGCUCAUCGUUUGUGCCAUGCGAUA